AUGGAGCAAUGCACCGGCGAACAUGCAGAUCAGACGCUUGACAUGUCAACCAUUGGGAACUUGGAUGAUACCUCUAAUCUCUUGGGGACUCCAUGGUUCUACGCAUCCAACGAUAACAAUCCCCAGUAUGCGCUCAACGAAAGUGCAGAGUACCUACCCAGAUACGUAAAUGAUCCGACUCUGGUCGAAUGGUCUGAGCCUCUGUUCUCUCAACUGUAUGCGACACCCCAGCAGGACCCGUCAUUCACAAGCGUCACGACUCCGUCAAACAGUUUCGAGUUCAAUUCCGAAUCUUGCGUGCCUCAACUACGAUCGGAAUCUACAAACUUACCGAGCGCUGCCAGUACCAUCGAGUAUCAUCCAGAGUCAUCACAUGAGCUUAAUCACUCGGAGAUCACCUAUGUGCCGAGCUCCCCAGAGGAUAUCGAGCACUACCGCCCUCUGCCACCACAGCCUGAAGCAAAGAAGCGCAGGGUGAGCUCCAGUGUCCAGAGCACGAUGAGUCUGCCCGACGAUAUCCUCACCGCGAGUGUCCAGAGAGAAUCAGAAGCUCGCCCGCCCAUCAAAAGGCGCGACACGGCCAACAAGACGGAUAUCCCAUACCUCAAGAAGGUCAGGGAGAGGAACAAGCGGGCUGCGACAAAGGUCCGCCUGAAGCAGCGAGAAACCGAAAAGAGCCUCGCGUCCGCCGAAAAGGACCUGCAAGAGAAGAACCACAGGCUGACAGAGUGUGUCAAAGAGCUAACUCAUCAGAUCCACGACCUCAAGAUGCAGUUGCUACAGCAUGGGACCUGUGACUGCACUCUUAUUCAGGAGUACAUUGGUAAUGAAGCGAAUCGCUACGUUCAAGAAACGAGUGGAUAG